CUUGUGAACUCGGACAGAUUUUUGCCUCCAAGGCAUCACAGCUUCUUGCUUUGAGACUUGAAAUGGCUCAGAAAAGAACUCAAAGAGCUCAGAUUGAUGAAGAAGAUGUUUACUGUGAGAUCUGUUUUGAUCUACUGAAGUAUCCGGUGACGAUUCCCUGUGGACACAACUUCUGCAUAAACUGCAUUAAAGCCCACUGGGAUGAAGAGGAGGAGACAGGAACCAACAGCUGCCCUCAAUGCUGGAAAACCUUUAACCCAAGUGGUGCCUCAGAGAAAACAACAGCACUGCCAUCUUUAGUGGAGCAGCUGAAGAAGAUCAGUCUCCAAGCUGCUCCAGAUGAUUCCUGCUAUGCUGGACUUCAAGAUGUGGCCUGUUUUUUCUGUUGUGGAAGAAAACUGAAAGCCAUCAGCUUCUGUUUCAUCUGCCAGGCCUUUUACUGUAGUCGACAUGUUCAUCCUCACUUUGAUGAUCCUCCUUUAAAGAAACACAAGAUGGUGAAGGCAUCCAAAAUGGUCCAGAACAACAUCUGCUCUCGUCAUGAUGAAGUCAUCGAUGUUUUCUGCCGCACCGAUCAGAAGUUCAUCUGUAGUCUCUGUUUAGAGAAAGUACAUCAAGGCCAUGACACAGUGUCAGCUGCAGCAGAAAGAGCUGAGAGGCAGAGAGAGCUGGAGGAGAGACGAGGAAACAUCCAGCAGAGAAUCCAGGACAGAGAGAAAGAUGUGAAGCUGCUUCAACAGGAGGUGGAGGCCAUCAAUCACUCUGCUGAUAAAACAGUGGAGGACAGUGAGAAGAUCUUCACUGAGCUGAUCCGUCUCCUCCAGAAAAGAAGCUCUGAUGUGAAGCAGCAGAUCAGAUCCCAGCAGGAAACUGAAGUGAGUCGAGUCAAAGAUGUUCAGGAGAAGCUGGAGCAGGAGAUCACUGAGCUGAAGAGGAAAGACGCUGAGCUGGAGCAGCUCUCACACACAGAGGAUCACAACCAGUUUCUCCUCAACUACCCCUCACUGCCAGCACUCAGUGAGUCGACACACUCAUCCAGCAUCAACAUCCGUCCUCUGAGACACUUUGAGGACGUGACAGCAGCUGUGUCAGAGCUCAGAGACAAACUACAGGACGUCCUGAGAGACUCAUGGACAAACAUCUCACUGAAAAUCACCAAGGUGGAUGUUUUUCAGUCCGAACCAGAACCAGAACCAACAACCAGAGCUGAAUUCUUGAGAUAUUCACGUGAAAUCACUCUGGAUCCAAACACAGCUCACUCAGACCUGGUUCUGUCAGAGGGGAACAGGAAGGUGACAAAAACAUACAGGUCUCAGUCUUAUCCCAGCCACCCAGACAGAUUCACUGAAUGUAAACAGGUUCUGAGUAAAGAGAGUCUGACUGGACGUUGUUACUGGGAGGUGGAGUGGACAGAUAAAUAUGCCACUAUAGCAGUCGCAUACAAGAAUAUCAGAAGAGUAGGGAGUGGGCAUCAGUGUAUAUUUGGGAAUAAUGACAGAUCUUGGGCACUGGAUUGCUCUCAAGGCAGUUUCACUGGAUAUACUUAUGACUUUAGACACAAUAACAAAGAAACCUCCAUCUCAGGUCCUGGUUCCUCUACAAUAGGAGUUUACCUGGACCACAGAGCAGGUGUUCUGUCCUUCUACAGCAUCUCUGAAACCAUGACUCUCCUCCACAGAGUCCAGACUACAUUCACUAAGCCACUGCUGGCUGGAAUUAGGAUGCAUAUGUAUGAUGACACUGCUGAAUUCUGUCAACUUACAUAGAAUAAACUAAGACUUUAAUGUGUGUUUAUAGUGUACAAAAUAAAAGUUUAUUUUAAUAUUGUAAAA